GUAUGACAGUGCCACAUAAGUAUACAGCUAGAAAUGUGAACCAUUUGUUGUGCAUCUUCUGUUUUUUACACAAAACCAUCAUUUCUGAAUGAGACUAUACCAUGAAGCGCAUUAUACACAUCUUCCUCAUUAUGAUCUUGCAAACAUCCAGUGAGGAACUAGAAUAUAACGAAUUACAAGAAGUGAUACAAGAGAUCAACGAAAUCAUCGACGUGAGCUUAACCAACACUCAACUAACAGUUCACAGUGUCAGCAAACACAUACUGAGCUCUUUCAACAAAGACGUCUUGUACACGACGGACAAUAGAAACAUCUCGAGUGACAGUGUCGAACUUUUCAUCAAACUUAACACCUUACUAGACUGUCGUGAGUGGAAGCUUGUGCAAAAACAAUCGGUUCCGGUCGACAUCCCUUUAAACAGAUGGAUGAAAAAUCUUAAAGUAAAUUUAGUAGUGUUGGAAAACGAGAUUUUAAUAAUUAACAACAGUAUUGACAGACUGGUGAUGAACGGUAGUCGGAAUUUUACGGAGAAAUGUGAAUUUUCAAGUAACGAAGACGAGUUUUUUGAUUGUUUACAAAGUGCUAUCGACAAAGUUUACGACUUGUGUGACGAUUUGGUUGACAGACUCAGUAGGACUUUGUCAUAUUUCAGGACAGUAAUGUGUCUCAGUUUAGAUUUUAUAAAUCCGAUUGAUAAGUAAUUAAAUUAAAACUUAAAUCCUAUUCUUUAUUUUAAUCUUCAUUUUUGAUGAUGCCAUUGACAUAGACAUACUUUGUUUGCACAAAACAUUCCAUGCAUGUCUUAACAUUUAGAA